AUGCCGCGCAAGUUAAAGGAGCGGAAGCAGGAUGUGAAGCUUGUGGAUAGGAAUUUGCCAGGGCCAAGUGCACCCCAGGUCUUUGACUCCGAUGCUGAAGUGGAUGAGAAGGCCUGUAAUGCUUGUGCUGCCGAUGAAGGGCAAGGCGACGCAGGAUAUGUGCAAAAUUCAGAGUUUGUCGAGAGGACUUGUGCCAUGGAGCAGGCUUGCUUGGAAGAAGGCCUGCGCUCAAGGAGUGAGGUAGCCUCAGAGGCCUUUGGUCAUGACAGCGUGCGCGAUGCAUAUGAAGAGCUUGGUGCAGCUGGCUUCUAUGCAUCCAAGGGUGCCUCGUAUGUCAAUCCGCAUGAGCCCCGUCUGUCAGAGGCCCUUCAUAUUGCCUUAGAUCAGUGGCAAGAGCACCUGUCUUCACCUCUCCGCGCUGCAGAUCCUUACACCUUCGAGGCCUUCGAGCGCCGCGUCGGGCGAAGAUGUCAUCACUGGAGUUUUCAAGAUGUGGCUGACGGUGUUUUGGAGGAGGAGCCCAUCUACGACCUAGUGCUUUGCAGCUUUGCCCUGCAUCUACUGGAACGCUCAUGGCUCACUUGUACUGUCAGCUCCCUUGCCCGCCGGGCACGGCUUUUGGUGGUGGCAACUCCUCACAAGCGUCCCCUCAUCGAGAGAAAAACAGGCUGGGAGCAGGUUGCAGAGGUGCUUCACGCGAGAGUUCGGGUGAGGCUUUACCGCUCACUUGUGGUGGACGACAUCGCAUACUAG